GCCUUUCUACGCUCAUUUUUUGCACAGAACCAGCAUACGGAAAGCAAUGAUCCUCACUUGUCCUCCGUUCCGGUUAGUGGAAACUCCUCGUUAAAAGAGACGUUAAAACAGACGUCAAAACUACCUCUUGUGUUUGACUCGAAUGUUGUAACUGAAUCUGUGCAUCCCCUGCCAGAGUCCCCUCGAUUAAACGCAAUUCCGAUAAACGGCCUUCUCCACACCGCAAAUGUUUCGUCAAAUAAUGGUGAGUCAGACGAGAAGUUUGAGGUUCUGCCUGAGCCUGUGGUACUUGCUCACAAUCCAAGUUUAAAAAAGAAGCUCAGUGGAAAUUUAGUUCGACGUCGACUGCACCAGCGAUCUGCGUCUGAUUUUCAAGAACAGCAAGUAGAUGAUGCCUCAGUCGACACAGACAGCUGUCUUAAACCCGUUCCCCUGGAUCCAGUAGUUCACCCAUCACGGGAACUGCAACAAGAAGAGCAGCCUGAAGAGAAGCAGUUGGCGUUACAAACUAGCCAACGUUCUUUGAAAAAGGUCACUGAUAUCUCUCCACUUCAUGAGCGUGUGGCUCCGAACCUCGCAUCAAAAAAUCUACUUGUAAAGGUUGUCAAAGCUGACUUCAUUGACCUAAGAAACUCUUCCGAUGCCUACUGUGUUGUUGAGCUGGAUGAACCAUAUCAACGCCACGCGACGCAUGUUGUGCCGUCUUCAGAGCAACUUUUUUGGGAUCAACACUUGUUGUUUGGACUCAACAGCAAUUCAAAGCGUGCUGCAUUCGAGGUAUUCGAGCUGUCAAAAAAAAGAAAGUCAAUUUCGCGUGGCUAUGCUGAAAUCUACCUACCGGAGUUACUCACAAGUUCUGUGGGCGGAUGUUCAACUGAACUUCUGCGCUGCAUCUCGCUGGACUCGAAGCAGCAUUCUUCAACAACCGGAUUGGUGGGUAGUGCUGGGGUCGGUGGUGGUGGGAAGUGGGAGCAUGGUUCAAGUCCUGCCACCAGCUUUACCUCUCUUGCAAUAAGAAAACCGACAGUCACUGCUGAGUUCCACUUUAUGGAGCGAAUAGUGGAUGACCCCUUCUCGGUGUGCAAGGGACGCUCGGUCAUAAGUUCGCCUGUGCCACUUCCAAAGCUGAGCUCCACGGCAUUGACGUCCCCGACUUCCUCCUCCGACUCCUCUCUCAGUCAAGCAGCCGCCCGGGGUGGUGGUGGCGGCGACCAGUCCUCUCAAGGCUCAAAGGGUACAUUCGAAAAUUCAAUUGAUGUCCCCUGCGUUGCUCCUUUGUGCCACCAGCAGCCCUCAACUAUUCUCAUUUAUAGAAUUUCUUACUUUUCAGAGAAGAUGGAAGCUGAGAGUGGGAUGCAGCACGAAAGUCGCCUGCAGCGUUCCACGUCCACCCGUGGUUCCCGUCUCUUUGAGCCUGCCUUUGAGAACCUUCGACUGGCGGAUUCGAACGCCGCUUUGACCAGUCGACAGCACCAGCCUAGCCGACUGAGCGGGGCCCUCAGUGGCUUUCGUCGAAAGUCGGCCCCCCGUUCCCUGUCUACAGGAGUCGGCAGUUCACCGUGGAGUAGUGGGUAUGGCCUCCUUGGGCCGAGCUCCGCGCUCGCUGGUGUUGUUGCUGGACUAACCGCAGCUUCGGUGGAGUCCUCGGACGCAAGCGUUGACCCGUCGACAGCAGCAGCAGUCGCAUCGGCAGUCGCGGUCGCCGCCGCCACUGGCCGAUCGACCUCGGCCUCCGCGCCCCCAGAUCGGAGGUCUGCGGGCCCCGGAGGUGCGUCGGACAGUUUGUUUGAGAGUGUGGGAACGUCAACGGCGGUUCUAGGACAACCUGAACACGAAAUCGCCACGGACACUGUCGUACGCUAUGCUGCGCCGGCCGCCAAUGUUGCAGGUGUUGCACGCCUUCUUUACCUUCAAGACCUAGAAGGCUCGGAAUUUGACACUAUUUCUACAGAAGGCUAUCACAGGAUUGUUCACGGCGACCAAAUGGAUAAGCAGUAA